CGCCUCCUGCAAUCGAAGAGGAAGAGAGGAGAACACACUUUAUUUGCAAGCAAGCCAAUAACUGCAUGAAAUUUGAAAAGUUUGUGUGAAAUAUCCUCGGAAUCAUGAGCAAGGACAACAAGAAGAAGCUGCUGGCCCAGCGCCACGUCUCCUCGCGGAUGAACUUUCUCUUCCAGGCGUCCAAUUUAAUGGCGGAAGGCCAUCGGACCAAGCUAGCCGCCUACUACGGGAAGCUCUGCCGGAACGUGGGCACCAAAGCCGUGAUGCACAUGGCUCCUGCCCUGAAGCGCUCCCUCUGCAAGCGCUGUUCCCUGCCCCUGCUGCCCGGGGUGAACACGGAGCUGCAGGUGGCAGAAGAACCCAAGGAAGUAGCGGUGACUCCUUCUCCGCAGAAGGAGGCUCCUUCAAACGGGGCAGCCAAGACCAAGAAGAAGCGCCAUCGCAGGCAGCGCAAGAAGCCAAAGAGGAGAGGUGAAAACGGAGAUACCGGGAACAACCGGGAGCCCCAGCCAGAAAUCCACAAUGAAACCCAACCAAUCUCUCUGUAUUUGAAGUGCUCACUGUGCCACAGCCGGCGAAGCUUUCCGGCGGACAAUCAAAGAGAUUGCUGGCUGGAGCAGUCGCAAUCCGUGGUGCAAGUCGUGUCUCUCCCCGGAGAAAACGGUCAGCGAUAAGCUGAAGCUUUGUUUAUCAGCCAG